UGCGGCAAUCGCUUUCAGCACCACGUGACGGGGUCUGACGUCGACGAUCACGUGACCUCAGCCGGACGCAAAGAGAAGGCAAAAUGUCGCCGAAAGGCUCUGCGAGGAUGGAGGAACUGUCAUCCGUCGUGUUUGUCCUAUUUUUCCUCUGCGCGUCAGGUGUCCGCGGGGACGGUUUGACGGUGCUGCAGGCUCCGGACUUCGUGUCCUUCCAGAAAGGAGAGUGGCCCGUCUCUGGCGAGAAAAUCCCCGACCUGGUGGCCCUGACCAUGGGCUUCUCUGUUCAGGAGGAUCUGUCUUGGCCGGGCCUGCAGGCCGGCCCCCUCUUCCGGCGUCCCCGCGCCAACGUCCUGGUGGUGGUCCGAGGGGCCGACGGCCUCGCCUUGCCUCAGAGUGUGGCCUCCUACCCCUUGGAGAACCCGGUGCCGUUCACGCUCGAUAGCGUCGCGGAGACGGUGCACUCCCUGUUCGCGGAGGACACGCCUGUGGUGCUGCAGCUCGCGCCGAGUGAAGAGAGGCUGUACAUGCUGGGCAAAGCCAACGCCGUGUUCGAGGACCUGCCGGUGACCCUGCAGCAGAUCCGAGGCCGCCUGUUCCAAGAUGGCUCCGUGCUGGCCACCCUGCCCCCGAACUCCCUGAGCAGGAACGCGGAGGCCGACCUGCUGUUCCUGUCCGAGAUGCAAGUCCUGCAUGACAUCACGGCUCUGCUGCAGAGGCACAGGCAUCUGGCCAAGGACCACUCCCCGGACCUGUACUCCCUGGAGCUGUCGGGUCUCGAGGAGCUGACCCGCGUCUACGGACAAGACUCUCCGCAGUACCGCGACGCCGUCGCCAUUCUGUCCUCCACCCUGCAGAAGUUUGGAGAGGAUGUUUACGGUCUCUAUGGCAACAGCGCCGUGGUGGAGGUCGUGACCGUGAAGAACUUUGAGGCUCCUCUCACCAGGAAAUCUCGUUCCAUUUUGGAAUCCAAACAGAUUAGCAACCCGGGCAGCCCGUACAACCUCGCCUACAAGUACAACUUCCACUACGCUGUGGUCUUCAACAUCGUGCUGUGGCUGAUGAUCGCGCUGGCGCUGGCCGUGAUCGCCGUGGCCUACAGCCUGUGGAACAUGGACCCGGGCUACGACAGCAUCAUCUACAGGAUGACCAACCAGAAGAUCAGGAUGGACUGAGGAGCCGAUCCGCAGGAACGUCGUCCGUCCUCGCAUCCCGCUCGCGAUUGUUUUGUGCUUUGUGUUCGCGUGGCAUCGAGUGAACAGUUAAGUCGGCAAUUGGUUUACGACGCCGCUGCGGUUGUUCAAAAAUGAAUUUGAACUAAACAACACAUUCCUUAUGUUUCUCAAUGUUGUUGUCAUGUGUGUGAAUUUGUCAUGAAAACGUUCUAAGUUUAAUGGAAUAUGUGUAUUUAUUGAAAAUGCAAAUGUAAAACAAACUGCUGAACUAGAGAAAUCAUUUUUUUUUGGUGAUGAUACGUGUUUAUUGCUGGAAAUAACUUGACCAUUCGUUGUAAACAUUGGGCAAGAAUAAUGAUGUGAACUGUAAGAUUGGAAGAUAAAUAAAAGAUCACAAAUGUU